UCGCGUCGCAUGCCCCAACAUGCUCCUACUCGCUCCAACGCGCUCUAAUACGUUCGCGUCACCGGAAACAAUAUGGCGACUAGGUGUUCGCGUCGCGUUAGAGCGUACCCUAAGGGGCAAUUAGGAGCAUGCUCUAUUUGCCUCAGCUUUAAAGAUGGUGCAGUUGGGGCAUUUUGUUGUGCACAUGCGCAAUGAUUGAGCCGAUUGAGGACGAGUACAAUAAUUUUUAUGUCGUACAUAUCUCCUGUUUCGGGAUCAAUUUGAAAAACGUCUUAUUUAAAAUUGCAAGAGAAAUAAUGGAACUUAAUCAGAAAAGUAUAAUAACACAUCCCACAAGUAUUAAUUCCUCGAUAACCAGACCUGUGAUUUCAAAUUCAGCUGUGCCUAAAAUGCUGUCAUUUAAGUUAAUUAAGCCCAAGACUGUUGCACUUACUCCUGUAACUUCUACAACAGACUCGACACAGUAUCUAACCACAACAACCACUGUGCCUUUAAAUUCUUUACUGGAUGUAGCAAGUUCUUCCAGAAUACACUCUCAGGCUGUAAUUAAUGAAAAUUCUUCAGCUACAAUUCCCUUAACAAGUUCUGUACAGCACGUGCCUUCAUUGGAUUCUUCAACUGUAUAUAUAGACUCAGAUGAUGAAAAAGAAAAUAAUUCUGCUUUCAACAAGNAUGGUCACUUUAUUUGGGAUCACAAAACUAUAAUGUUGUUUUUCUCAGAAUAUGAAGAACAUCAGAAAAAGCUACAAGAAAAAAAAUAUCAAAGUAAAGAGGCCAUGUUUCACGCAAUAGCAGAAUCGUUCCAGAAAAGAGGUUACAGAAAUGCUACCAAAAAUCACAUAAAAAAUAAAUUUAAAUUAUUAAAGAAGAAAUGGGACAAGUAUAUUAAACGUACCAUGGGAAAAAACAGCUCUGGGAAAGGCAUGAAACCUCUUCCAUAUGAAAAUGAAAUGACAAAAAUAUUCGGGAAAAGUCAUAGUGGAACACCAGCUUUUGUGGUUGGUCGCAAUGAAAUUGUUUCUCAGCAAGAGAUUUUGCAAAAAGUUGGUCUAAAUUUGCCUGAGAAUGACAAUGAAGAGCAGUCCUCUAUCGCACCAAACUCACCACUUUCGACAUCGACAGUUAAUAGUGAAUCUCGAUCAAUGGCGGAUAGUUGCAGUUUAUCUAUAACGGAUAGCAGCUGCUCAUCUCUAGUAAAUUCAAAAGCAAAGGUACGAGAUGGUAAAUUGGCACUUACUGUACAAUCCGUUAAAGAAUCCAUCUGUGCUAUGCUACAAAACGAAAGUAAGGCCAAACAAGAAACACGAACACAAUACCUGACAGAGCUUCAAAAGUGUAAUGAGCUACAAAAAGAGCGAAAUAACAUCUUGCAAAAGCAACUUAAAGUAUUAGAGAGACUGGAAAAAAAACUAUAUAAAAAUAUGCCAGAAUUAUACCCAACACAAAAAGAAUCAUCAAAUGAAGAAGAAUUAUAAGACUGAAAUCACUAUAGAUAUAAGAUAGUUAUUAUAUAAA